CUCUCUCUGUGUUGCUCUUUGUCUUUCUGUGUCUCUAUGUCUCUCUCUGUGUUGCUCUUUGUCUUUCUGUGUCUCUCUCUGUGUCUCUCUCUGUGUUGCAGCAGGAGGCAGCGGUCCGUCAGUGUUGCUGGUUGGAAGUUGUUCGGUAAAGUUCCUCCUAAACAGAGUCCGUCCAAACAGGCCCGGAUCAUCCAGCAGGAGUUCGAGGCACGGCAGGUCGCAGCCCGCAGCUCUCCUACCCAUAAUCCUGCGGCGCAGCAGAGCAAGAGGAAGGUGGAGUUCGAGCCGCUGUCGACCACAGCGCUGAUCCUGGAAGACCGGCCGCUGAACCUUCCAGCCAAGUCAGCAGAGGAGACCCAGAGACACCGGCAGCAGUAUGAGCAGAUGGUGGCUGGGGCCAAGAGGAGAGAGCUGAAGGAGGCUCAGAGGAGACAUCAGCAGAUAAAGGAGAGGCUCAGACAGGAAGAGGGGAUCUCCAACGCCUCGCUGGUCUGGAUCCAGCACAUCCUGCCACACUGGGACGCCAUGAGGUCGAGUCGACGUGCUCGGGACCUGUGGUGGGCGGGUUUACCACCCAGCGUCCGAGGACGAGUCUGGAGCCUCGCUAUUGGCAACGAGCUCAACAUCACUGCAGAGCUGUAUGAGAUCUUCUUCUCCAGAGCGAAGGAGAAGUGGAGGAACCUCAGUGAGACAGAGACUGAUGAAGGAGGGUCGCUGGCUGACAGUCUGGACCUCAUCACUCGGGACAUCUCCAGAACUUUCAGCUCGCUCUGCGUCUUCCAGAAGGGUGGUCCUUAUCACAAUCUGCUGCAAAGCAUUCUGGGAGCUUACACCUGCUACAGACCUGAUGUGGGAUAUGUGCAGGGUAUGUCCUCCACGGCAGCCAUGUUGAUCCUGAACAUGGACGAGGUCGAAGCCUUCAUCAGCUUCUCCAACCUGAUCAACAGACCCUGUCAGCUGGCGUUUUACAGAGUGGACCACCAGCUGAUGCUCAGGUACUUCGGGGCCUUCAAGGUGUUUUUCGAGGAGACUCUUCCUCACCUAUUCCUUCACUUCCAGUCUUCAGGUCUGACUCCUGAACUCUACCUCAUGGACUGGAUCCUGUCUCUACACCAAGCCCCCUCUGGACGUGGCGUGCAGAGACAGCUCUGGGGAUCUUAA